CUAGUCUACGCUCGCUGCGUGGAUCGCGGCCGGAGCCGCCAUUGUUCCGCCGAGGGAGGACAGCGGGGCCUGGCCCUGGCGCGGAGACGCCGCUUAGCGGCCGCCGCUGGAGACACUCCCUCCCGCCGCCCCCCUCCUCCUGGCGGCGGCGGAGUGAGGCUGACGGGGGGCACUGGGAGCCCCCUGUCCUCCUGGCGGCGGCAGCGGCCGAUCCCCGGCUCCGGCGCGAGGGGCGGCCGCAAUGCGCUCGGCCUGAGGCUGUCCGGCCCGGCCUUUCCUUGCUUCCCUUGACUGUUCCACGGCGUCUCUGCGCCCCGGCGUCAUUCUGCGUGUGCCCCUGACGGGAGGGAAGAUGGCUACACGGAGCUUGCUGGACGAGCUGGCCCAGCAGGCCGAGGAGGGCUCAGCCCGGCUGCAGGAAAUGCUCUCGGUCGGCCUAGGGUUUCUGCGCACCGAGCUGGGCCUCGACCUGGGGCUGGAGCCGAAACGGUACCCGGGCUGGGUGAUCCUGGUGGGCAUGGGCACGCUCGGGCUCCUGCUGCUCUUCCUGCUCGGCUACGGCUGGGCCGCGGCUUGCGCCGGCGCCCGCAAGAAGCGGAGGAGCCCGCCCCGCAAGCGGGAGGAGGCGGCGGCCGCGCCGGGCCCGGCCUCUGACGACCUCGGCGUGCUGAAGAAUCUCAGGAGCGAGGAGCAGAAGAAGAAGAACCGGAAGAAAUUGCCGGAGAAGCCCAAACCAAACGGACGGACCAUCGAAGUGGCUGAGGAAGAGGUUGUCCGAACUCCUCGGAGUGCAGCAGCUAAGCAGCCAUUAGAGACACACAAGAAAAAUGAAAAGUCAAAGAAAAAUAAGAAGAAAUCAAAGUCAGAUGCUAAAGCAGUGCAAAACAGUUCACGCCAUGAUGGAAAGGAAGUUGAUGAAGGAGCCUGGGAAACUAAAAUUAGUCACAGAGAGAAACGACAGCAGCGUAAACGUGAUAAGGUGCAGUCUGAUUCUGGUUCAUUGGAUUCAACUAUCCCUGGGAUAGAAAAUACCAUCACAGUUACCACCGAGCAAGUUACAACUGCAUCAUUUCCUGUUGGUUCCAAGAAGAAUAAAGGUGAUUCUCAUCUAAAUGUUCAAGUUAGCAACUUUAAGUCUGGAAAAGGAGAUUCUACACUUCAGGUUUCUUCAGGAUUGAAUGAAAACCUCACUGUAAAUGGAGGAGGCUGGAAUGAAAAGUCUGUAAAACUCUCCUCACAGAUCAGUGCAGGUGAGGAGAAGUGGAACUCUGUUUCACCUGCUUCUGCAGGCAAGAGGAAAACUGAACCAUCUGCUUGGGGUCAAGACAGUGGAGAUGCUAAUGCAAAUGGAAAAGACUGGGGAAGGAGUUGGAGUGACCGAUCAAUAUUUUCUGGCAUUGCUGCUUGGUCUAGUGUGGAUAGGGGAAUGAAUACCUCUGAACAGAAUUCUGCUUCUUUUGCAUCUCUCACACUUAACUCUGCUGUUUCUGGGUCUACUGCUGAGCCAGUUUCUCAGUCUACCACUUCUGAUUAUCAGUGGGAUGUUAGCCGUAAUCAACCCUGUAUCGAUGAUGAAUGGUCUGGGUUAAAUGGUAUGUCUUCUGCUGAUCCCAGCUCUGAUUGGAAUGCGCCAGCAGAAGAGUGGGGAAAUUGGGUAGGUGAAGAAAGAGCUUCACUUCAGAAGUCCCAGGAACCAAUUCCUGAUGAUCAAAAAGUUUCAGAUGAUGAUAAAGAAAAGGGAGAGGGAGCUCUUCCAACAGGGAAAUCUAAAAAGAAAAAAAAGAAAAAGAAGAAGCAAGGUGAAGAUAACUCUCCUGCACAGGACACAGAAGAAUUAGAAAAAGAGAUUAGAGAAGAGCUCCCAGUGAAUACCUCUAAGGUCCGUGCAAAACAGGAAAAAGCUUUUUCUUCGAAGACCAUAAGCACUAGUGACCCAGCUGAAGCACUCAUCAGAAACAGCCAGCCUAUCAAGACUCUUCCACCUGCUAUUUCUACCGAGCCAUCUGUUAUUUUAUCAAAAAGUGAUUCUGACAAGAGCUCUUCCCAAGUGCCACCGAUGCUACAAGAAACAGAUAAAUCCAAGUCGAAUACUAAGCAAAAUAGUGUGCCUCCUUCACAGACCAAGUCUGAAACUAGUUGGGAAUCUCCCAAACAAAUAAAAAAGAAGAAAAAAGCCAGACGGGAAACGUGAAUAUUUUUUUUCCUGAAUUGGACAUGUGUUUGCAAACACUGUCUUGAAGAUUAUGCUGUUUAUGCAAUAAUUUGUGAACAUGUACAGAGUUUUAUAUAAAUUUAAACCGAUUUUUAAAACAAAACUGUGAACACAACCACCGUAAAAAUGGAAUCAAAGGAAAGUUAAUUUAUGAAAUUAAGAGGUCAGCAGAAUUGGAAGACACUUGGGGAAAGUCUUUUCAAUCUAACAACGAUCUUAAUUUAAGAAUAUUAUCCUGGUUUUACAACAGUGCCCUGUUUACAACAGAUUGUGCCCUGUCUCAUCUGCAGCUGAGGAAUAAAGGAUUCUGAUUAGAGAGAGGGUUGCCUACAUAUUAGUAAGCAGCUUCUUGGAUCUUAUGCACGGAACUUAAACCAUUUGAAUCUGUUUUAUGCUUAAAUCAAAGUGCUUUGAUCAAAUGCAUAAUCUGCCAUAUCUUUACAUAUUUGUUGGUAGCAAUUUGUAUUAAAGAAAUCACAAGUGCAAAUAAAAAGUCAUUUAUUAUUUGUUUAACUAAACUGUCAUGGUUUAGUUUACAAUUUUUAAAAAGUUCUUAAAACAUUCAAAAUGCAGUUGACACUUGUAUGGCUUAUGAAGUUAUUUUUGAUAGUCUUACUUUACUUGAAUUGUUCAAAGUACAGUAUAUUUUAAGUUAAGAAAGGUAAACUAUAUGUAUUUGUUUUAUACUUUUAAGGUUCAGACUCACAAAUAAUGCUCUUGUUGAUGAUUUGAAAACUUUCAGGCAAAAUCCACCUUACAUUUUUUCCUCUCCCUAGCAAUUACUUUUUUUCCAGCAUCAACUCUUCUUCAUUACUAAUACUUUUUUGACUUUAAAAAUGAAAUCUUUCACAAACUAGUUAUACAGACAGAACUUUGAUUACAUGAUGGAGAAUGAAAAACUAAAGUCAGACAGCUUUAAUUGACAUUGUCAAGACCUCCAGUUAUCAGGAAUACAUUUUUUUACUGCCUUAACCUGUAGUGCGUAGAAUAUGCAUCAAUUUCUUGAAGGGGAUUCGUGUUUUUAUAAGAAUUUUCAUGUAAUUAUUGCAAUCGUGAUCAAAUAAGGAACGUUUCCUGCUUGAAACUGUACUGAUUUAAAUGAUGUGUGAGAUGUUUCACCAUUUUCAGGCACUGUGUAAUUCUAUUGUAAUAAACUGGCAGGUAUCUUUGUAACUAUAAAUAGUGCAUGCUCAGCCAUGUACACUGUAAAUAGCCUUUACCAAACGUGUUUGACAAGGACCAUAAUUAACAUCACUUAGUGAAUUGUGAUAAAGAAAAAAAGCCAUGAUUUAUUCGAUGUGAUUGGCUUAAUUGUUUUCCUGUGGCGCCAAGAAUGAAACUGUUUAACAGCUGUAACCAAUGGUACUGAUCUGUCCAUCCAAUCUUGUCUUUAUUAUAUUUGACUGUGGUUUGAUAGUAUUGCAUUGUCACACUAGGAAAGCUAAAGAAACAAAAUGCUUUUAGUUUUGCUGAAGACUGGCCUUAUUAAUGGACGGCUUUCCUAACAAGUGAUUAUUAACUUUUAUCAGGUGUUAACAUCUGUUUCAGGAACAUGGCAGUAUGUUUACAUGUCAGAAGUUUUGUUUAAUUCUAUAUUUCUAAAUUGAUUUGUUUAAAUAAAUUCAGCAAAUGGAUAGCAUUGUUUUUAUUUGCUUCAAUAUCGGGGUAAAUAAGCUAAAGUGCCAGGAGUGGAUUUCUUCAAAUGACUGUGCUCUGUUCGCUUUAUAUAGAUGCUUCCUAAAGAGAUCCAAGGAUUCCUACAUUGCAGCACUUUGUAAAGGUAUCACAAAGGAGAAUUGAAUUAGGGAGUCUGUGUAAUUUUAGAAUGUGCCAAAAGAUCUAUGCUCAAAAAAUUUAAUUGAACUCUCUCAACUCUACCUCACCAUUUCUUUAUCUUAGAACUGUGUUGGCUAUGUCGAAUGUCGGACUUUAUUUCUCCAGCUUAGUAUCUCUCAUUCAACCACCAACACCAGGUGUUAGAAACACCAUCUUUUGAGGGGAGAUUCGGUGUGGAGAUGGAGAAGUGCACUGCUAAAUUGGGGUGGAUCCAGGAUGGAGAUACCUGUCCCUUCUCUCUGGCUCAAGAACUAGGGCAUGGAUUUUUAUGUUUUAAGAGGUGGCAGCUAUGAGUGAUAAAAUUAAUAAGUUCAUUCUCUUAUACAUGCAUGAGAUGCAAUGCAAACUCUUACACAAAGUAUCAUUGUUCAUCGCUCUUGUUCCAUAAAGUUGUUUAUGUGACAUGAAAGCAGUUUCUGGCGUCUGAACAGAGGAACUGUUUCCAGCAUAAACUCAGAAGGCAAUAAAAUCAAGGUAGUGAUUCAGGGGAGAGAGGAGAGAGGGGAGCCUGUUGUCCUUUGGAGGCUUGGAUUAGAUGCUCCCCAAACCACUAGUAGGGAGAUAAGUGAUCCCUUCAGGCUUUGUCAGGCCUGGAGGGGACCCUUGUUCUGAUUAGCAAACAAAGCCUCCUAGAGAAACUACUGAAAACUCUCCCUCAUCCUGACCUGUCUCCCCGUACUUAACUGAAUGAAAAUCCUUCCCUGUUCUGGAGCAAGGAGUAGUGGGUUAGGACUUCCCCAGACUGGAAUCCUACCUCUCUGUAUCCUGAAUUGAGCAAAACAGUAGUUGAGAGAGUCCAAAAAACAAGUAUUGAAAUAAAAUGUCAUUAAUGUAAUUGACCGUGUUUACUUUGUGCAUGCAUUUUAUUAGGCGGGCAGUGGGAAUGACUCAUCUGAAUCUAAUGGUAUUAUUUCAUAGGCUAAUCCAGUUUGUACUUGGGUUAAAGAUAUUGAAGGGCAAUAUUUAACUACAGAGUUUAGUUUUUCUUAAUUACAAACAGUCCUCUAUUAAUAGAGUGUGAAAUAUCUUUCAAAAUUUAGAAUUUAAGAUGUCUAACAGAUGUCUUAAGACUUUCCUAUAAACUCAUUGCACAAACUGGAAUUACUUUCCGAAAGACUUAGGGAAUGCAAAUAUGUUAUUUGUAAAAUGCAUUGAGUAUUGUAAAUAAAACAAACCAUUUUUGAUUUAAGUUGCUCCUUACGGUUCUCUUAUGGGAGGGCACUUCGCAUCCUAAGCUAGUCUAAAGGCAGUGACUUUUUGAUGUUCUUGAUGUUUCUAAACUAUAGGUUCUAAAUGUUUCAAAUGUUCUUGAUGCUCUGAAACCGUAGUUGUACUUGCAGGCUUUACCACCGGCAAGUCAAGUAUUUGGAGUGAAGCAUCUCUUGAAAUGUCCCUGUUCGUGACACAGUGUUCUCUAUGGGAAACAGCUUCCAUCUUACAGCAGUAGAUGUAACUGCCACCAGGUGUAGUGUAUCACUUGUAUCAACCUUUUAAAUUAAGGAAAUUAAACUCAAAUUUGGCAUUAGGUAUUAGUAUGGCUGUGUCCUAAACAACAGUGACUUAAUAUAGAAGUUUAUUUCUCUUGCAUGUAAAAAAAAAAAAAAAGAGAGAGAAAGCAGGCCUGAGAAAGCAGGCCAGGGCUACUCUGACACUCUGCAGGGCCAGGCAUCCAAGGUCCUUCUGUGUUGCCCUUCCACAUUCUCAACAUGUGGCUUUCAUGUCACGGUUGCAGACAGCUGCACCAGCUAGAAACCUCCUCUGAGCAUUUCUGCUCCCUUCCUUUAAGAACACUUCUUACAAGUUAUUCACACCACACAGGCUUAUCCACCCAAACUCAAUCACUUGAUCCUACUAGCUACAGAGGGGGAUGGGAAGUAAUAGUGUUUAUCCUGGGCUGUCAUUGGCCAAAUUAACAUUUCAGGAUUCAUUACUGAGGAAGCAGCAGAGAAGUGGAUAUCAGGAACAGCUAGCAGUCUUCUGUCACAGGGUUGACUACGUUGUGUAUAUCCUGCAGCCAAGUGUCACUUUUAAGGUCAGGUUUUAGCUUUUCCAAUCGAGCAGAAAUUUUAAAAUCUCUUGGAUGCUGCUCAGAGUAGCAGCUGAUAAGUGUUUCAACUUACAUGUAAUAGAUGGUGGAAGAAAUUUCUGCCAUUCAGUGACUGCUUGAAAUUCUAGAGACCUAGAGGCUUAAAAAAACUUAGCAGCCUGCUUUCACACCUACACUGCAAGUAUAGAUUAUAACAAUUUUCAGUAGAAGUUACCCUGGUGUGUAAUGUAAUCUUUAAAAAAUUAAAAGGCACUGUUACUAUUCUAAAUACUUUAACACAAUGAUUUCUAAUCCUACCAUCAAGAAAGGUAUAUGAGUUUAAAAAAAAAAAAAGAAAAAGGUAUAUGAGGUACAUUAUAAGAUGUUUGCUACC